CGACAGUACUCAACAACACCGCUCACCUUGAAAUUGGCGGGCGGCGGGCGAUGUGUCUUGACUGUCUGAGAAAGGCCCCGAAGCAGAAGGACUUCUCGGGCUGGAAAUAUACGUCCUGCACCAAGGAAUCUAGUGAACUCCCAGAAUCCUUGGCCUAGUGGCUCUCAGGGGAGGAUGCAGAUACCAGUGAGGGUGAGUGGAGAGGGCUUGGGGGAGUGGAUGAUGGUGGAGCUGCAAGGAGUACUCAAGACUAGCUCUCAACUCACCAUGGGAGGGAAGCUGCUGGGGGAUCUCCACUUCAACAAACAGGGCAUCCCCAUCUUGAUGAUUGGUCACCACAUUCUGCAUGGCAGUGUGCAGGACUUGCCCAAGCCCUUGGCUGUUAUGAGGAAGGUGAAGGCUGACGACGAGGCUCAGGAGUCCCAUUAUUCUGUCACGGCCGUCAUGAAGAGGAAAGUGAUCUUUAAAAACAGACCCAAACCAAUUGUGAUGCCUGAGAAUGUGAAAACUGUUGUGUGAAGCCUAAGGUUAGUUGUUGUUAAUAAAGUAUUUGUAAUUUG